AUUUUUGCGGAUAAAGAUUACGAUCUUGCGUGUUGCUGACUCAUCAUCUCCCAUCAACCCCUAUAAAUUCUUCAAGACUUAAAAUUCCUUCUUUCAUCUCUUCAAAUUUUUUCAUCCAUGGACAUUGAAUCUGCAACUUAUGGGUGUUCCCAUUACAGGAGGAAAUGCAAGAUAAGAGCCCCAUGCUGCAAUGAAAUUUUUGAUUGCAGACAUUGCCAUAAUGAAGCUAAGAACUCUCUGGAGUCUGAUCCCCUUGAUCGGCACGAUAUUCCUCGCCAUAAAGUUGAAAAGGUCAUUUGCUCCCUAUGUGGAACCGAACAAGAUGUCCAACAGAACUGCACGAACUGUGGAGUUUGUAUGGGAAAGUACUUUUGUGCAAAAUGUAAAUUCUUCGAUGAUGAUGUAUCCAAAAAACAAUACCAUUGUGAUGACUGUGGGAUCUGCAGAACCGGAGGCGAGGAUAACUUCUUUCAUUGUAUGAAAUGCGGCUGUUGCUAUUCAAAAUUAAUGAAGGAUGCACAUUGUUGUGUGGAAAGAGCAAUGCACCACAAUUGCCCUGUUUGCUUUGAGUUUCUCUUUGACACGAGGGCAGAUAUUACUGUUUUACCUUGCGGACACACGAUACAUUUGGAGUGUGUGAAAGAGAUGGAGCUUCACUACAGGUACUCAUGCCCUGUUUGCUCGAAGUCCAUCUGUGAUAUGUCAAGUUUGUGGACAAAACUCGAUCAUGAGAUUGCCUCAACUCCAAUGCCAGAAAUCUACCAGAAUAAAAUGGUGUGGAUUCUAUGCAAUGACUGCGGGGCAAACUCUCACAUUCGGUUCCAUGUCGUGGCACAUAAAUGCCCAAACUGCAACUCGUACAACACAAGGCAGACAAGAGGAGGUCCAGAGACGACUUCAUGCUCAACAAGAGUGGCAGAGAUGGUGAGAUGAGCUAAGAUUGUCACCAACCAUUCUUUUUCAUGGUUGGGGUACAAAGCAAUUCUUGCUCAGAAUUGUUGCUUCAUCAAUAUUCUUGUCUACAGUUAUCUCAGUAAACAUUUAAUCUUUUCGUUUCAUUAUUACAUGGAGAAAAUCAUCAAAUAUUAUUAAUCAAUUAUAAUGCUGGUAAUUUAUGAAGCCAAAUCUAGAAGAAAAUCAGGGCUAGAAGAACCUUAAUGAGCUUUUAGAAGAGAACUAUUACACAAAGUCAGCAAAUUUAUAUUCUAUCCUGAUGUUUCUAGAUCAA